AUGACUCUUAAAGAUUCGCUUUUAAAUACUAUAAGUGUUAAUAAAAAUAUUGUUUCUGAUAAUAUGAAAACGGAAGAAGUAGAACUAGCUAAUCGAAAUGUAUCAACAGAUAUAGUCGCAACAAUGAACAAAAAAUCUGUUAUGCCCACGCUUUUACACACACAUCCCAUAUCUGUUGACCACAAUGAUCAAUACCUCGUGUUGAACAGAAGAUAUGGUGUUCUUAAUCGUGUGAAAUCUAUUGAUGAAUGCCAAAUGGAUCUUGGUGAUAAUGAAUAUUAUUAUGAUGAUAAGAUAACUAUGACUAGAAGAAAAGAAAUAACUGAGACAAAUAAUACAGAUUAUACUCUAAGAACAAAAGGUUGGAUGCCGAAAAGAAAUGGUAUCAUUCAACGCAUGACGACCUUUGAUUCUAAUCAAACAAGAACUAGCAAUCACGAAAUAAUUGAUUCUGAAAUAUCUGACGAAGAACAGUUACCAUCGAAAACAUUCGAUUAUUUUUCAUUAUAUAAAUCACAUGAAACUCGCACUAAUUAUAAAGCAGAUGAUGAAUUUAUUAUGAUUCCGUCUGAAGAAAGUAAAGUAGUUAAAAAUAUACUAGAGACAGAUAGUAUGGAAUAUGAUACAGACGAGGAAGAGGGCAUACUAGUUGAUCCAGAACAGUCCUCUUCCAUUAAAACCCAAGAAUUACCACAUAAUCAGGUCAAUUCCACUGAAUUUCCUACAAAGAAAACUGUUUCAUAUUGCGCGUCAUCUUCUCCAUCCCCAACGUUUUUUCCUUCAAAUAUUUCAUUAAAUAUUUCACUUCAUGUUCCUAGUACUAAAUUAACUUCAAAUAAUCCUGAUACAAAAAUAUCGCCUUGGACUUCAGAUGAAGAUAAAUUACUUAUCGAUGCAGUACUAGAAUCAAUGACCCCUUCAUGGGUUCAAAUAUCAAAGAAUAUUAUGAUGCAACGCUCUGAAGACGCGUGCAGAUUACAUCACGUAUCUGUUGGCGAUCCUGGGGUAGUUCCCCACACUGAUCUCUAG